CUUUUAAAGAAAAACAAUGGGGGUCGAGAGGUUGUGAAAUGAAUGGUAUUCAGACCCAGCACUAUCGGGAUGUCUGGAGGGGCCUGUCCCCUCAUACUGAUAACUAACCCCAAGGAAAUUGUUUAUUCGCAGUUCGUGAUAUAAUUACAAGUAAGGUUUCCCUCAAUUUUAGAAACAAUAUUGGGUUGGUUUUUUUUACAACAAAGAAUGAAGUUUUUACAUUAACAACGGAUUGGCAAAAUCAAAAGAAUUAACUGCCAUCGAAGAAUUUGGUAGUCAUUUCCUUGUCGCGAUAUCGCUUUGGUUUUACAUGUAGGAAGAAUCGAAUGAGUUUUUUUUGUUUUUAUUAAGUAACUCGAUUUGACCCAGAUUGUCUCAGAUAAAGUAGAAGAAAAAAAAAACCAAACGGGAGUUUAUCAAAGUGAAUAUCAGUAGGUUUUAGAAGCGGUACAGUAGAUGAAUCUAUGGCAUGUCUGAUGUGAUUUGUUUGCAAGCCUACGUAGAACUGUGGAGAUAAGAAGAGAUACAGAGAGGUUCGUGUUACAGUCGGAGUCGUUCCGAGUAAACUGCACGUACAGACUACGGAGGAGAAAAAGAUUCAAUAUUAUAUACGUACUCGUAGGAGCGAACCAAACCCCCUCUCAUCAAUUAGUUUAAUGUUUAAAUUUUGUGUGUAAUUCGUCUCACCUGGCCUUGCAUCAGCACUGAUCAUCGUUGCGUCUUCUUGGAGAGUUGGUAUUGGUUUUUCUAGCAGGUAUCGCGUACGAAAGGAUUCUUGGGGUUAGAUGGUGAAAACUGUUAAAAACUACCCUGCGAGUGUUUUAAGGAAAUAAGUUAGUCUUGGCAGCCAGGACUUCGACAUUGUGGAUGAUAAGCAGCCGAAGUGAAUAUUACAAUUAAUUACGGAUUAAUAAGGCGAGGCCAUGUGAUCGGAGAUUAUCGUUUGAAGAACGCGGCCCAGCCUUUCUGGUUUUGUACAUAGGUUUUGGUUGUAAUUACAGGGAGAGUGCUUUAUCGCAAUUUUUCUUAAUAAUUUCCGUUCGAUAUAAAUAUAAUAUAGAUAAGGUAUCCUGCAUGCCACAACAACAAUCGGUGGCACUUAAAGUAGUUACGCGAUGAGUGCGCGGGCACGACGUACGUACUGGGCUCAAUAUUUACGGAAAUAACUUUUCACAGUACCAUUUUGUGCAAUGGGUCGAUGACUGUAUGACAUUGUUUCGAAUACUGUUGGAUUUAGUUUUUAAAUUUGUUAAAACUAUGGAUAAAGUUACGGAAUUUGUGGUGGUGGUAAUUUUCGUGGUUUCUACUUUUACUUGGACCUCUGCAUUCAACUUUGGAUCCGUCGCUAAAGCACGGUGUCGGGCAAGGUGUCUUCAAGAGUUACUGAGAGCUCCCUAUGAUGACGACCUGUGCUUCAAUAGAAAAAGCUGUGAUGUGUGCUGGAAAAUGUGUGAAAAUCUUGUCCUUAAACCAGAGAUAUACUCCGACAUAUGCAGCAAUGGAGAUAAAUGUCAAAAAGGAUGCAAAGUAGCAUGCCAUUUCAAGACAAAUAUUUCAAACACAGCAUCCCCAUCCCUAUCACACUGGUCUUUCAGCAUGGAACCAGUGAUGGAAUUCUUUAAGAGGACACAGAAAAUAGAAAUAGCGUGGGACACACCCACCUCUGAUCAGGCUUCUGGGAAUCGACAGGCCUUUGUGUAUGUUCUGAUGGCUAAGGAACCAGUGGAUACUCCACAAACCAGAGCCUGGACUGAAGUUAUACAGACAGCGUCUAGGAAUGUGGUAUUGAAGAGGGAGAUUCUACUCCAUAGUUCUGAGUUCUGGUUGAUUGCUGUCACAGAAAAUGGCUCUGCUUCAAAUAUCCACUUUCAGGAGAAUAAAAAACUUAUUACAGAGGUAAUGUACCCACCUUCAGCCUCCCUCUCCCAGGACUCGAACCAUGGGUCCUCAGUUAAUACUCCUAUCCAAGUCAACUUCUCCAUCGUGGAGGAUGCACAGGACACAACUCUGUCUGCCCUCAUCCAGUGGUCCAACCCGCCCAUCCCCCUGGGGCCGGGCGAUUCCUACAGAGUCACCUGGUUUAUGGAGAAUUGUCAGGUGUGGGAGUAUUCCCCACCCUGCGAUCAGCCUGCUGACCACUAUGCCCACACGGUGAUGUAUUCCAAGGAUAAAGAGCCCUUCUAUGUUAUAAAUUCGCUGAUGUAUAACUCACUAUACAAUUUGGUUGUGGAUCUAAACUUAGCCAGUCAGCAAAGUAAAAAACGAUGGUACGGGAAAUUGAAUUUUCGAACAGAGCUUUGUGAAGAUGUGGACACAAAGACGUACACAAAGUGUAAUGAUAACAUCAUCGACAGUAAAGUGGGCACCGAUGUCAACAAGUAUAGUGGGCAGGAAGAAGAGAAAGAAACAGAUCCAUUUGUUUGGUACCUCCAUGUUGUGUCCAUGACCUAUGAUGUCACCACGAAUCGUGUCACAGCGAAUGUCUCGUGGACAGUGCCAUUCAAUACUUCACACAUCAAAAGUUAUUCUGUUGCCUGGAAACUAGUAAACACAGAUUCAUACAAGCAUGACUCAAGCUACAAAUACAUCAUUACCAACCAGAGUUUUUGCGUCAUGUCCUUAGAUCCCAGCAAGGAUUAUGAAGUUUCGGUGGUAGCUGUUUUUAAAGACUUCAAAGAGGGGGAUUACAUUAGGGACAGUGAGAGUGAACCUUUGAUCUUUAACACCACUUGGUUUGAGUCUAUGCCAGAGACACCUAGAGUUGGAAUGAGUAGAGUUGAACAUUCCCAGAUGCAGGGGGUGGUGGAUAAGGUGAUCUAUGGGAUUGCAAUGAUACUCAGCAUCAGCUUAUUGGGACUCAUUAUGCUGUUUGUCUACAAGAAACGCCACAGCUUCAAGGACAUCAUCAUCACCAAGACAACAGUCGCCAAGAGCAACAGCUACAAAUCCAAUGUGGGAUGUAAAGUGGAUUAUUCCAAUCAGUUAUUGGUAAUAAGUGAUGAGUGGGAGCUCGACCCUCGCCUCCUCAAAUUCAGCAGUCCCAUUGGUCAGGGGGCUUUUGGGAAAGUGGUGACUGGUUACUAUGAGAACCAACGAGUAGCCAUCAAAUUAGUGAGAGAUAGUGCACCGUUAUCCUACAAAGAAGACCUUCUGGCAGAAAUCAACUUGAUGAAGAGAAUUGGCUCCCAUCCUAACAUUGUUUCCAUGUCAGGGGCCUGUACUCUGUCUGAACCGAUAGCUCUGGUCAUGGAGUAUGUCCCUUAUGGAAACCUUCAAAAUUUUCUGAAAAAGUGCCGUUUGGAAGGGGACUUUCAGAAAAGCAUUGGGCGCUCCAGCGAGGUAGCAUACUCACUGAUGGAUGAAAAUGGUGGCAUUGACAGUGGAAUUAUUACCCCGGCCGACAUGUUGUCCUUUGCUAGACAAGUUGCCAUGGCAAUGGAGUACUUGGCAGCAAAGAAAUAUGUCCACCGUGACUUGGCAGCAAGAAACAUCCUCUUGGGUUACGACAAAGUUGUCAAAGUCUGUGAUUUUGGUUUGUCGCGAGACAUUUAUAAUGAUAACCAGUACCACAAAAUUACCAGUGGCAAGCUCCCUUUGAAAUGGAUGGCCAUUGAAUCUCUGAGGGACCGCAUUUUCACCACUCAGAGUGAUGUCUGGUCCUUUGGUAUUCUCAUGUGGGAGAUCAUCACCAUGGGUGGCUCCCCCUAUCCAAACAUAGCUUUAGCAGACCUCUACUACGUUCUAGCCAAUGGUUACAGGAUGGAGAGACCCAGUAAUUGUUCAUCAGAACUAUAUACCAUCAUGCGUCAAUGCUGGAUAGAAAUUCCCUCCGAGCGUCCAAAUUUUACAGACUUGAGAAUUCAAAUUGAACAGUUGUUGUCCAGAGACAGAAAUUAUUUAGAUUUAGAUAACAUAGAUGCUCCAUUGUCGACAUCAGAAAGCAGUAGUUCUCCCAAAUCUGAUGAUUCUGACUCUAUGUCUCUGCUCAACACGCGACCCUCUGCUCACAGAGUGAUUCCUGGGCAAUCACAGAGACAAGGAACCAAUUCACCGAGCACCAGUCAAUCUGUGCCCCAUAAAACAGUUACCAUAGCUUCAGACCCUGUGACUGUUGUGUGUAUUGAAAAUUCAGAUCAGUGGUUCAUGAGAGGGAUGGAAUCAGAGAGUUCUACAUAACCAUAUGAGAAGUACAUCCUCUGUUUUCUGCAUAGCGAGUGACCUUCAAUUGACACUGGCUUAAAAUAGCACAAAAACCAUGAAGUGAGGAAGACUAUAUACCUGCAUCAGGUGACCUCCAAUGUGCAACAGUUGUCUAAAUUAUAUUUGACUUUAAUAGGCAGACUUGCAUUAAAUGUGAACUGCUCAAUAUUGUGCGGUAAAUGUAUCCAGGCUGUGAUAGCACAGAGAUAUAGCAUUCACUGUGCCUGCACUAUUGUGCUUGUGCUUCAAGCCAGUGUGUCAGCACGUGGUGGGUGCUUGUAGAAAGACUAAAACUCAUCAUUCUAAUGGCUUGCUGUGAUUCAUGAUUUUCAAGAAAAAAUAUCAUUGUUUGAAUUGACAAAAUGUAGAUCUGUAAAUAUUUAUAUAUUUAUAUUUUGCAAUAGUAAUGUUAAUUUAUUUUGUUGUUGGGUUCUCCAUUUGAAGUGGAUGGUUUAUUAUAGGGCCAGUAUACAUUCUGUAUUUAUUAUCCAGUAUUCAGUACACAAGACUGACUUUAUAGACAAUAAGCUCAAAAACAAACUGGGUUUUUUUUUCAGCUAAGACUGCUAUCAUUCAUUGUUUUAAAAAUAUAUGAAAAAUUAUUCAAACCACCCUUUACCUCAUUAGCAACCCCCUGUACUUCAGUCUUAAAAGAAGCACCCUUAAAAUUUUCCAUGCGUGCUGAACUGUGGAGUUCUUCUCGAGUCUGAUGGCUCGAUUAUGGUAAAUCUUGCAGUCAGUACACACCUGGAAGGUGAGGGGUAUAUAUAUGCUGUCAAAUAUUAACUAUUGGUACACAUUUUAUCCACAAUAUUUCUUGUAGAUUACAAUUGCUCUAAUACCCAUCUCUUUUUCCAUAAAAAUUGGCCGGGGUGCUUCUUUGGACUCAAGCAAGGUACAUUUGUGUACAUGUAUAUUUGUUAUACUUUUAUAUAUGAUAUAUGUCCUAUAGAAUGCUGAUUGUACAUCUCAAUUUUUUCUGAUAUGUUCCCAUUGUGAAAAAAAAUAUUGUCUGGUUUAAUGAGAUUAGUACAUUGACAUUAUUAGGAUUCAUACUUCAGCAUGACCAGCAUAAGAAGUUCAUGAGGAAGUACUCGUGGAGCGUUAACCUUUACACAGUUGGCAGCAUUGCAGCUAAGCAUAUGUUGAUGGCUCUCUCAGAUCAUGUUGCCCUUAGACCAAGAAACUAAUUUGAAAGUUUAUGAUAGUAAAAUGACAGAAGGUACCAUAUAAUAUCUUGAUAUACACAAAUCCAAUAUUGUAUGCAAUGUGAUGAAGGCACUUAGAAACAAAAGGAACUUCCUUGUUGGGAUGAACAGAAGUCUGAAAUCAUAGCAUAAAUUAAUUGUCCUCUCUCAAACACAGCUGUUAGGAAACCAAAACAAUUGUCUUUACUGCCUUGGUUGUUUCAGAUUUUGGAAUAACUUCAAAUUUUUGAGUUGUUUUGCAUAAACAGAAGGGUGUGAAUUUUAUCAUAAGCUGGUAAACAAGGUGAAAAAUUUCUCAAUACCGUAAAAUAGAAAAAUAAAUAGAAACGGACCUCUUCAAAAGGAGGUGGAAUAUGUUUUGUUUAUAGUAGGUGUCUUUGUACUGUAAAGCAUUGACAUACAUACCAAUAUUACAUAAUCUGUUUUCAUUCAUAAAUACAGUGUAGUUGCAUUAAAACAAUGAAAGACAACCUCAGGUGAAAAUUAUUUAUCUUCAAGUAAAUUCAGUUACUGUAUGUUCUAAUCUUCAUACUUCUACCUAUACCAUGUACAAAGAUAUUUUCUACUAGAAAUAAUUAAACACAUCCAAAGCUCAACAAACCAUAUAAACAUGAUACACUCCUAGAUCACAGCAGUGGAGAAUUUUUGUUAUUGAGAUUUUUCAACAAAGAGAGCCAUGUCACAAUAUAUUUCAUCAAUGGUUCUGUCAUUUUCCAUGUUCACCAUGUUUCAUUCAUUUUAUUCACCUCACAUUGUGACACACAUUUCAUGUACUAUAGAAACAAAGACAUUAUUUUGUCAAAUUUUUAGUGAAUUUUUGUGACCAGAAAUUGACCACAUGUUUAGAUUUGCAAAACCCUGCUUGAAAUGAAAUAAAUUGUUGCUAUUUAGUUUGUAUUGGUUAUGAAAUAAACAAUUAUCAUGUUUAUGACUUUUGAUUGGACCAAAUAUUUAAACCUUUCAAAUUUGUUUUUAAAAUAAGAUUCCUUGCUAAUAAUAUUAUGUAGCAGUGUUCUAUUGGACAUGUUUUAAAAAAUAACAUCUCAGCAAUUUAAAAUAACUAAAUACAUUGUUACAUUAAACUGCAAUUUCUAUCCGAGUGUGUUCAGAUGAUUUUCUUGUUAUCUAUAUAAAGCUGUGUGUUCUGCUGAUUUACCUGUGUGUGGACUUUUUUGUCUCCCUUUGUUUACAUGACCGUCCACCAUUGUCAAGAUUGUAAACGAUAUUCUGUUAAUAGUUAUUGUAUUUCAGGCAUUUAUAAUAAAAGAAAAACAAUUCACAA